CCUCCGCCGACCUGAUUGAUACCUUCGGUGAUUUCGCAACAUGUUACUCGCGGAUCCGAUCGCGAAGGAAGCUCGAGGUAUUGACAGUGCUGAAAUUGCGACGGCCGUGAGGAUUUAGCUGUCUUUACUAGUAAUUUGGAUGGUUGUUACUUGGAGGAAGCGAGCGAGCUCUGUACGUCGAAUGAAAAAGCAUAGCUAUGGAGGAGGGAGACCUAGUCGCCAUUGCGGACUUCUAUUCGAUUGCAUUCGGAUUGAGGAGGACGGUUAAUUAGUUCGACGAGCGGCAGAUCUGAAGUUGUCGCCAGGUAACAAACCAAAUGGGAGCGUAGAGCCAAAGCGCGGAGCUUAUUGAGGCCUUGGCUUUGCUUCGCUUCGAAACAUAUUAGUUGAUUGAUAGUUUGGCAGCGGGGCGAGGUUGGUGCGGGAGUUUGUGAUUUUAGCGAAGCGCGUUCAAGGUUUGUUAAGGUGGCCAUAGAUCACGACGCGGCUUAAGGUUGCACUGCCGAGGAGGUAUUGUGGAGAGUGAGUAUUUGUAGUGGUGGCGAAGCAAGGUUUGGUGGGUUUUUUAGGGGUAGAAGUGGAAUUGAUCAUUGCACAUGCAGCAACCUGUUCUUUGAGGUGAUUUUUGGAGUGGAAUCAAUUUUGAAGCGUGGCAUUUCUAUGCUUCCAACCGCAUGUUAGGCUUUUGUCAUCAAGUUAUUGAUCCUGAAGGCUCCCUUUAAAUUCCGCAUCCCAUGCGUCUACCUGAAUGUAUUGUUGUGGACUUACGUAAUCCCUCAGGAAAAGGAUUCUGGUGAAUUUUCUAUGGAGAUUUCGUUUAAAGUCAUCCUAAUUCAAGAGACUUUUCAUGGAGGCUUCAAUUCCAGUGCAAUUCUGUGAAGAUUCAUGCCAUUAACAGGAGUCCAUUAGCAGGACUUAGACGGCGAGGCUGUUGCUCCAAUCUGGGCGUUUUGAAGUAACCUUGUGACGAGGUUCAGGCGUAUUUAUGGUGCAUCGGUAUUGAUCUUAUUUAGUUCCCGACGUCCUUCAGACUUGGAAAACACACACACACACACACAUGCUCUGUUACUUUGCAUAUUUCUACCUUAGGGGUAGGUGUCAAAAGUUUCAGCAACAGAGCAACAGAAAGCUCAACUAAGCAACAAUGGUGGCUGUGCAAGAAUACCGUAUUGUGCUUCCCUUCACAGUGGAAGAGUAUAAAAUCGCUCAGCUGUAUAUGGUAGCUAAGUUCAGUGCUAGUGAAUCAUCCGGAGGCGAUGGAGACGGUGUUGAAGUGCUGAAAAACGAGCCUUAUGAAGAUAAGGAUACUCGUGGCCAGUAUACGAAAAAAAUAUAUCAUUUAGCCAACAAAUUGCCAAGUUGGCUUGUAAGUCUGGUGCCCAAAAAGGCUUUGAUGCUUGAGGAAGAGGCUUGGAAUGCUUACCCUAGAUGCACUACUGUCUUGAAGUGCCCAUAUUUUAACAAGCUCCAACUGAUAUUGGAAACCACUCAUAUAGCCGAUAGAGGCACAACUGAUAACGCUCUGGGCUUGGAUCCUAAAAUCGUCAAGAAGCGGCAAGUCGAGUUUAUUGACAUAGCCAUGGAUCCCGUGGAGAAUUAUGUUGAGUCUGAAGACCCAAUGAUGUUCAAGUCUCAAAAAACUGGAAGGGGCCCUCUUAAAGAAGGCUGGCAGAAAACAUGUGAACCAGUCAUGUGUGCAUACAAAUGUGUGACAGUGGAUGUGCCCUACUGGGGGUUUGGUUCGCGGCUUGAAAAAUUCAUUUCUAAGAAUGCCCAAAGAAAAAUUCUGCUGGAAGGUCAUCGGAAAUGUUUCUGCUGGCUUGACGAGUGGCAUGGAUUAACGAUGGAAGAUGUUCGCCGCAUGGAAGAUGAGACUACGGAGGCUCUAGCAAAAGCCCGUGCUCUCGUUUUGAAUAAUAUUGUGACCCAAGAGAACGGAGCCACAGAACCGGAAACCCAUGUGGAAGCUGAGACCGAAACAGCAGUGAAAACGGAUGAUCAUGAUAAGGUGGUGGCUUCUCGGGUUUCAUCGAUCUCAAGAACUAGAGAUGGUACUGGGAGCCCUCGUCUCAUGAGACGGCCAAGUCUAGUUGGCCCAUCGGUUGCUGUGGGCUUCACAACUUUGUCAGCUUCUGAUGUUGGGGAGGGAGAUGAUUUUCAUGCACCUAACACUGUACCCCCACUGCCGUCUCCAACAUGGAAAACAACCUCAAUUCGAAACUCUAGUCCUGCUACUUUCGAGAAAGUUACACUUGAUCAUGGUGGUGGGUCAUCCGAGUCUUUCUCCUCGUUGAGAGAUGAUUCUAACUGGGAGUCAACUUCCAGUGGACAAGACGAGGAUAAUGAGGUGGCAGCCUGUGUCGCUGUGCUGGACCGAGCUAUAGCAUGGGCAAAGGCUAGAUCUGCAAAGCUGGCUACGCAUCCAUCGCGGCCAGCCAAGGGUUCGGUUGCUCCGAUUGGCUCUCCUGUCGCUGGUGUUCCUGAAGGCCAAGGAACUAUGAUAAAUUUGGAGAAACUAACGGAUGCUGUGACAAUCAUUGACAAAACUAUGUCUGCAGUCAAGCGACGUCCAAACAUAUAGCCAAAGUUGAGCCGAAGUUGACAGCCUCGUUGCCACCAUUAUAAUUGCAUUAUUGAUUUGCAACGAAGAUUGCAGGGUUUUCGAUACCAAGUUCGGAUAUUAUUGUUUGGAGAGGGCGGAUUGAGGGUCUUCCAAAUGCUGGCAGUGUUGAAAACGGAAGAAAGGGCGUGUUAUGCAUUCUGUGAAGACACCCAUCCCUCCCAUUGUAAGUUCAUCGAAGUGGACAAAUGUCCUUCAACUGCUUAAUGUUAUCCAUUUAGUCACAUUCUUGUAUGUAGCAAGGUUAUUUCGGGGUUCCAACUCAAUUUUAUUGUUAUGUGGCUUCUCUCUCAUGUCAAGCAGUCCUUGAUGACUUAAGAUUAGCGUCAAUGUACUAGUUAGUUGAAGAAAUUUGUGCCACCCGAGUAUCUUUAAGUAUGGGCCCUGCGUGUAUGUGGUCAUCGAUGAAGCACAUUGAGGUGCUGUUGUAGCUCUUAAUAGUUCACAACUUCUCUAAGUUUACAAAUUCUGUUGAAUGAUACAUUUUUUUUUUUGA